AUGGCAGAAGCCACAGCAUCAGAGACCCCGCCAUGGUGGGCGGCCUUUCCCGCUCCCAAGGCCAAGUCACCGGAAGUCGAGGCAGACGAGGUGAUGGGGUUACUUGAGGCUCAAGCUGCGACCAGCAACAGCACACCUCGAGCCUUCCUGCUCGUCGAUGUGCGCCGGAACGACUUCGAAGGUGGCACCAUCUCAACGUCCAUCAACUUCCCGGCACAAUCCCUAUACCAGACAAGACCCAUCAUUCAUCAGCUGUGCAAGCAGGCAGGUAUUAAGCGUGUUGUAUUUUACUGCGGAAGCAGCAAUGGCCGUGGCCCUCGGUCAGCGAACUGGCUGCAGGACUAUUUCGACGAGGUUGGCGAAACUGCCGUGCAGGCCGUCAUCCUCAAAGGCGGAAUCAAGGGCUGGGUUCGUAAGUAUGGCGGCCGCAUGAUGGACUGGUAUGACGAGAAAGCCUGGGCCGGUCUCGACAAGUAG